UUGUAGUCUCCCGGCCUGCGACGUCAGUGACCAUCACUCUGAGAGCGAACAGCAGUACAGAGACAUUAAACAAGAACAAUAACAACACAAAUAAAGAGCUGAAGAGUUUAUUUCUGUGCUCCGAGUUAGAGUUUAGGUCCGGUCUCAGCUCCACUCUCAAUUUGAAACUCGCGUUGAGCCAUGCACGGUCGAGUAAAGGUCAAGUCCACCGCUCAGCAGGAAGAGGAGAAGAGGAAAGAGCGAGAGAAGAAGCUGAAGGUGUACAUAACAGUUCGAGAUGCUAUCUUCAAGAAGAGGAGCGAUAGCGAGCUGGACGAAGAGGCUCUCCAGCUCACACAGCAGCUCCUUGCUUCUAACCCGGACUUCGCCACGCUGUGGAACUACAGGAGAGAGAUCCUGCAGCACCUGGAGACUGUCAAAGAGGAGGAGGAAAUGCAGAAGCUGUACGAAGCCGAGCUGCUGUUUAUAGAGUCAUGCCUGAAGGUGAACCCCAAGUCUUACGGGAGCUGGCAUCACCGCGGCUGGGUGUCAUCCCGCCUCCCGAAACCCGACUGGCAACGGGAGCUCGGCCUGUGCGACCGCUGCCUUAGCCUGGACGACCGCAACUUUCACUGUUGGGAUUACCGCCGCUUAGUGGUAAAACACUCCGGAGUUUCCGUGGAACAGGAGCUCCGGUUUACGGACCGUCUGAUCGGCUCAAACUUUUCCAACUACUCAAGUUGGCACUACCGGAGCACGCUGCUGCCCCUGCUGCACCCGCAGCCUGCGCCUGAGCCGGGGUCGGCCUGCCAAAAGCACACUCGCGCUCACACACCGGCCACGGCCUCACACAGAGUAUGUGAGGAGCAGCUGCUUAAGGAAUAUGAACUGGUGCAAAAUGCCGUCUUCACGGACCCAAACGACCAGAGCGCCUGGUUCUACUACCGCUGGCUUUUGGGGAGAGCCGAACGCGAGGAGCUGAUCAGCUGUGUGUACGUGAGCCGAGAGGGAGAGCGAGUCGCUGUGGCGUUCUCCAAACCCGUUAACGUUGUGAGUUUGUUGUUGGUGUUGGACGGUCAGCCUCAGCAGGUCGAGUGGAGGAGCGUCCAUCCUCGAUUUCGCCACAGCCCCGUCUGGUUGUGCGAGCUUGCCCCCGGCUCCAUCAGCGACAUCAACAAUGAACACAACCUGACGGUGCACUGGAUGGAGAAACACACACACAGAGACUGCGCUCUCUACACAGGUCGGACGGAAAGUUGGUGCAGGGAAUCCGCCACGGAUCAGGAGCUCUUCAGAAGUGAGCUGUCCGUAGAGAGGACGUCAGUUCUCCAGUCUGAGCUUCAGUCCUGUACUCAGCUCCUGGAACUUGAGCCUCAGAACAAAUGGUGCCUGUUGACGAUAAUUCUCCUGAUGAGAGCUCUGGAUCCUUUAGGGCACGAGAAAGAGACGCUCGUUCACUUCCAGACGCUAAAGGAAGUCGACCCCAUGCGCAGCACCUACUACAGCGACCUCUGCAGUAAGUUCAUGAUCGAGAACACAAUUCUGAAAAUGGAGUAUGCCGAAGUGCGGGUCGUCAGUCUGUCGGAUAAGAACCUGAGCACGCUUUGCCACCUGGACCAGCUCCUACUGGUCACGCACAUCAACCUGUGCUCCAAUCAGCUCGUGAAGCUGCCACCGCAGUUCGCCAUGUUGCACUGCCUCGAGGUUCUGGAGGUGGACAAUAACGCUAUAGAGAAUCUGGAAGGUUUGUACCAUCUGCCCAAUCUGGAAGAGGUGUCUUUGAAAAACAAUAAAAUCUCAAAAGUCUCGGACUUGUUGCCGCUGGCAACGUGCCGGAAGCUCACCAGGUUGGAUCUCCGUGGCAACCCGGUCACCAAAACCGCCAAUAUCCAUGUGGAGCUGGCCAAGCUGCUACCAUCGAUUACUGAUCUUUUAAUCUGAUUAGCUUCCAAUAAUAGGAAGCGUGUGCAUCUGAGUAAGCGUGUAAGGAUGUUUCGUGCGUCUCCUUGCCUAUUUAUUUUUCCACGGAGCCUCUUCUGAAGUGAACACUCGUUAUAGUACUGUAAAAAUCGCACUGGCCUCUAAAAACCUUCAGAUUAUUCGGUUGCGUGUGUGUAAACAUUAAAUUAUACCGCGGCGUUGUUCGGUUCCUAACUCUGGUCAGAAAGUAUUUUCAGAAUCAUUUUCAUUAACAGCAGGUUUAUAUUCAUAUACGUAAUAGUUUCUACGGUAACAGCAGAUGUACUGAAGAGCAGGCGCUCCUUAUUAACUGGUUAAAACGCGUGUCAUCACAAACAUCGUAAAAGUUUCUGUCAGGAGUCUUCAGCUUCUGCGCUUUAUAACUGUUUCAUCUUAUUAAUUUUAUUAACGAGAUAAACAAAUAGACUCUGUUGAAUGAAUGAGUGAAUGUUGGUACUAAACCGAUCAGAUGUUUCACAAUGUAACAUUAAAUGAAUAAAAAGUGUGAGAAGGGGAAUAGGUGUACAGUAAUGUUAUAGGAAAAUAAUCAACUAUUCAGGUGGUAAUAAAUCUAAUUCACAUGAGGCUGCCUGAUUAUUUUUCUGUAAAGAGAUUCCACCAAGUGCUGUCUGUUCCUUGUGUUUUAGAUCCUGCAUGCUGAGGUGAGUGAGCGUGUGUAUAAGUGCGUGCGCGUGUUCAGUGACAUUCCUCGACAUAUCUGUGUUUGAAAAAUAAAGAGAGGUGUUUUCCCUCUAAUCAAGGUAAUGUUCACAAUAGAGUUUGACUGAGUUACUCGCCUGAGCCACGAGAAUACUGUACAAAAAUACAUGAACCACUUAAGUACUGUGUGAUUUUGUGUGCAUGCACGCCCUUAAUUGUACAUGAAAAAUCCACAAAUAAAGUUUCUCU